AUGGCGGCUGCCCCAGCCCCCAAACAGAUCAAAGAACCCUUCCCGAUAUCCCACGUCGCCGGCCGCUACCUCCUCUUUGAUGUGGACGUUAUUGCGCACUGCCGUCGCACGCACAACAUCUGCGGUCUCCUCGUCGGCACGAUACCGAACCUCAGCCAGCAGAACGUUUUUCUGGGCAUACCACUUGAACUCAUGCCGGAAGAGGCUCGGGUACUCGUCGAUAAAGGCGCUGCGUAUCUCGUGGAUGAUGCGCAGGCACAUCAGAAGGCUUUUGCGGAGAUGAAGCGUGAGGAUAGGCUGAGGUAUAUGCAGGAGAUGGAUAAGCGCGGUGAGGAUGUUACUAAGGAACAGACUGAGCUGGCGGAGAGAAGGAAAGAGAGGGCGUUGGAGGCGAAGGGGCUUAAGAGGGAGGAGGUCGAGAAGAGUGGUGGUGCUGCUAGCACUGCUUCGGACGAUACUCUGCAAGGAGAUGACGACAGUUUUGCGAGCUCGGGUCUUGGAUUCAUCAUGAAGGGAUCGAGCUUCGCAGACUCUUCGGCGCCAACAAAGUCAACCAAGACCACAGUCACCUCCAGCCCCGCUAGUUCAGUCACUGAUAGCUCGGAUCUCGGUAGCUCUGGUCUAGGCUUCAUUAUGAAAGGCUCUAGCUUUUCAGACUCGUGGGUACAAAUCAAGGCGCCCAAGGUGGAUUCGUCGGUCGAAGAGGUCUCGCUCUUCGAUGCCGCACCCCCUUCGCCUGCCCCUGAACCAGCUGUUCCUAUCCAGGCCAGCAGCGCGCCGAAAGGCGUUGCUGCCCAGAAGCACUUUGUCACACCAACAACUUCAUACCCCCCUCUACCAACCCCCGCCAAGGACCCGUCUGUCCCUCCACCAGCUGUACCGGACAGCUACCCGCUGUUCCGCUACCUACACUCCAAGGGCUACUACCACAUGCCCGGUCUACGCUUUGGAUGUCACUACAACGUGUACCCAGGCGAUCCCCUUCGGUACCACAGCCACUUUGCCGCGACUGGCUUGGGUUGGGACCAGAAGUUCGACUUGCUGGAUGUUGUUGGUGGAGGACGCCUCGGCACAGGAACGAAGAAGGCCUACAUGAUCGGUGGUGAGAACCCCGAGGUAGAUGCCCAAGAGAAUGAGCCUGUGAGGGCAUUCUCUGUUGAGUGGGCGGCUAUAUGA